AUGUCUUCCACUUCGCUUACUGGUGCGGCGUCGGGUACGACGUCGUACUCGAUGGCAUCGCUCUACGUCGGCGAUCUCCACCCGGACGUCACGGAGUCGAUGUUGUUCGAGAAGUUCAGUACGGCUGGUUCGGUGUUGUCAAUCCGUGUGUGUCGUGACAAUGCUAGUCGCCUGUCGCUUGGAUACGCAUAUGUGAACUUCCAGAAUCCAACAGACGCUGAGCGCGCACUCGACACGAUGAAUUUCGACACUCUGAAUGGAAAGCCGAUGCGUAUCAUGUGGUCGCAGCGCGAUCCAGCCGUCAGGCGCUCUGGAAAUGGGAACAUUUUCAUCAAAAAUCUGGACAAAGUUAUCGAUAACAAGUCCAUCUAUGACACGUUUUCCUUGUUCGGAAACAUCCUUUCAUGCAAAGUAGCUGUCGAUGACGAAGGUAACAGCAAAGGCUACGGUUUUGUUCAUUUUGAGACCGAUGAAGCCGCUCAGUGUGCAAUCGACAAAGUGAAUGGGAUGUUGCUAGCCGGAAAAAAAGUGUUCGUUGGUAAAUUUCAACCACGAAGCCUACGUAUGCGUGAGUUGGGCGAGUCUGCCAAAAAGUUUACCAAUGUUUUCAUAAAGAAUUUUGGCGAGGAGCUUGAUAAGGAGAAAUUAGAGAAGUUGUUUGCACCAUUCGGCAAAAUUACAAGUUGUGCAGUAAUGACCAAUGCAGAAGGACGGUCGAAAGGUUUUGGAUUUGUUGCCUAUGAAAACCCAAACGAGGCUGAAAAGGCUGUUGCCGAGAUGAAUGAUUACCAUCUUGAAGGCACUGACUUAAGACUUGUUGUUUGUCGUGCUCAGAAGAAAGGAGAACGUUCUGCUGAACUGAAACGCAAACAUGACAUGCAGAAGGUGGAACGCAUGCAGCGUUAUCAGGGAGUGAAUUUGUAUGUGAAAAACCUUGAUGAUGCUGUUGACGACGAAAUUUUACGAAAGCAGUUCGAAACGUAUGGCAAGAUUACCUCUGCCAAGGUUAUGACUGACGAAAACGGUCGCUCAAAAGGCUUUGGUUUUGUAUGCUUUGAAAAAGCCGAUGAGGCAACAAAUGCAGUUACGGAAAUGAACUCUAAGAUGGUGUGCUCAAAGCCCCUCUAUGUCGCUCUCGCUCAGCGCAAAGAGGAUCGCCGUGCGCAACUCGCUUCACAGUACAUGCAAAGACUGGCUAGUCUCCGCUUGAGCACAAAUGUGCCUGGCACAAUUUACACACCAGGGCAGAGCGGUUAUUUUGUGUCAAGCGGUUUACAGAAUCAGAGAGGUUUUGGUCACACUGGUAUUACGGGGACAGCGAUGAGAAGCACUGCGCGAAACUGGCCAAGCAGCUUCGGUAGUCAGAGCCCAUACAUCAUGUCUAGUGGAUCUGUAUUCCAGAGUAGGCCUCGUCUAGCUAGCGGGACAAUAACUGGGGUUCGUGCUCAGCAAUUCAAUGCGGGCGCUGUUCAAGGAGGUGCUCGUCUUGCUGGCCAGAGAGUUAUCCAGGGCGCUGUCGCUGGUCAACCUCAACCUAGUGGCCCACGGACUCAAACACCCUUGUUUGAGGGCAGACCAGCCACUGGGACUAAGGCAGGUGCUUCUCCAUUGUUCCAGCAAUACCAUCAACCUCAGCAGCAACGAACCGCCCAAGGGAUCGUAAUCGGAGGGCAGGAACCACUUACCUCGCACAUGCUUGCGCAGGCAGCUCCACAAGAGCAGAAACAGCUUCUCGGUGAAAGAAUUUAUGCACUUAUUGAGAAAAUGUUUCCGGGACACAAAGAAGCUGGAAAGAUCACUGGAAUGAUGCUGGAGAUAGAUAAUUCGGAGCUGAUAAUGAUGCUCCAGGACAUGGAGUUGUUUAAGUCAAAGGUAGACGAGGCGGCUUCCGUUCUUCAGUCGGCUGCUAAAUGCACCUAA